AUGCCUUCAUCCGAUGGCCACGGCCCAAUCCCUUUUGCCUCCUUCCGACGCUCGAUCCUAACUAUCCGGGCCGAUCAGGUCCACUCGGAGACAGCCCACGAUUCAAACAUCCAAAAUCUCGACUCGUUCCAAAACCAAAUUCUCUCCCGUUUCAACGACCUAUCCAAAGCAAACUCCGAUGAGCUCCUCUCAGUUUCCUGGAUACACAAGCUUCUGGAUGCAUUCACUGCCUGUCUGGAGGAUUUCACGUCCAUACUGUCCGAGAACAAAGCCCUCCUCUCGAAACCCCCCGCCGACAGACUGGCAUCCGACUACUUUGAGCGCGCAAUAAAGGCCAUGGAUGUCUUCAACGCAGCCCGAGAUGGAGUUGAGACCAUCCGCCUCUGGCAAAAGCAUCUGGAAAUCAUCGUGUGUGCGCUCGACUCCCAGAAGAGAACAACUGGCGAGGGUCAGUUCCGGCGGGCCCGGAAGGCCCUUAUGGACCUGGCCCUCCUCAUGCUAGAUGAUAAGGAUGGGGGCCCAGUCUUCUCGAGCCGAAACCGGUCGUUCGGGCGCAAGGGCAAGGAGACACAGCAGCAGCACCAGCACCAGCGGGGCCCGUCAGGCCAUGCCCGGUCGCUUUCUUGGAGUGUGUCCCACAAUUGGUCGGCUUCCAAGCAGCUGCAGUCUAUCGCUUAUAAUUUAUUACCCCCACGAGCAAACGACGUAUCGGCCACUAACGGCCUUGCUGUACUCAUUUUUUCGAUGAGUUUCGUCCUAAUGUUUGUUUUGUGGGUUCUUGUGGCGGCUGUCCCCUGUCAGGACCGGGGAGUGCAGGUUCAUUUUGCUAUCCCGAGGCAGUUUUCUUGGAGCACGCCACUUUUCCUGAUCCAAAGCCGGGUGUUGGAUGAGUCCAAGAAGAGGGACCGGCGUAAUUCGUGUGGGCUGUUGAGGGAAAUCUAUCAGAUCGAAAAGUCGGUGCACCGAAUGACGGACUUGAUGGAUGCAGCCCAGUUCCCGCUUCCGGAGGAGGUGAGGAACGAGGUGAACGAGAAUAUGAGCGAGCUGUCGGGUGUUUGCGAAGUUUGCAAGACCGGGCUCGAUCCUUUGGAACGUAAGCUGAGGGAGACGUUCAGAAAGGUCAUGAACUGCCGUGCAGAGGGUAUCGAGUUGUUGGGGAAGGGUACUGAACCGUGA